AUGGCGCCGGCUGAGUCCCCAACCCCAAUCACCACGCUACAUCUCCACCACAUCUCCCCGUCCUUCACCGACGCGCCACCGCCCUCCGUCGACGUCACUUUCCCGCUCACCUACUUCGAUUUCAUCUGGUUCCGCAUCCCGCCCGUCGAGCGCCUCAUCUUCUACCCCCUCCCGCCCCAAAAUUCCACCGCCGCCUUCUUCACCUCCUCCAUCCUCCCAAACCUCACGCGCUCCCUCUCCGCCGCUCUCUCCCGCUUCCUCCCACUCGCCGCCUCCCUCACCUGGCCUCCCGACUCGCCCAAACCCUUCCUCCUCUACGCCCCUUCCGCCGCCCCGGCCGUCCAGCUCACCGUCGCCCAGUCCGCCGCCGAUUUCAACCACCUCGCCUCCGACGUCGGGCAGAUCCGCGACGCCAUCGAAUCGCACCUUUACAUCCCCGUCCUGCCGUCCUCCGACUCGGAGGCCUCGGUUGUCGCGCUCCAGAUCACGCUUUUCCCUGACCAGGGAUUUUGCGUAGGAAUGUCCAGCCACCACGCUGUCCUCGACGGGAAAUCCGCCACUCACUUCCUCAAGGCCUGGGCCCACUUAUCCAAAUCAAACGUCACCUCUUUGCCCGAAGAUCUCGUCCCGUUUCUGGACCGGUCCGUCGUAAAAGACCCAAAUGACAUGGGCCUGGCCAACCUCAAAUUCUGGACCGGGCUUCGCCUUCCGGGUCAGGAUAACCCGGGCCCGAGAAGCUUGAAGCUGACCCCGCCGUCCGCUUCCGCAUCCGGCUUGGUCCGGGCCACAUUUCUGCUCUCCCAGGACCGGAUCCAGGCGCUGAGGGAAAAGGUAGCGACGAGCAAAACGAUGCCGUUGGGAACUCAUUAUCAGCUACGUUUGUCGAGUUUUGUCCUUACCUUCGCUCAUUCCUUGAUUUGCUUGGUGAAAGCCAAAGGCCUCGGAACCCGAGCCGACGACCACGACGAAGAGAAUAGGGAAGCAGUGGUCCAUUUCGGUCUCGCGGCGGACGUCCGACGCCGGCUGAAACCACCGUUGCCGGCGAACUAUCUAGGAAACUGCGUCUUUGGUGGACAGGAGCUGAUACAGGUGAAACCUCUGCUGGCGGAGGGAGGGGUAGGAUUCGCUGUGGAGAGGAUCAGAAAGAUAAUUGAUGACGUGGAGGAGAACCCGGUGGGGGCCUCUGGGGACCAUGUUAGGGGAGACUACUCCGUCUCGACCUUCUUCGAGAAUAUGAAAGCCAGCCGAGGCGUGUUUAUCGGGAUCGCUGGGUCACCGAGCUUCCACGUGUACGACACGGAUUUCGGGUGGGGGAAGCCCAAGUACGUGGAGGUGACGUCGAUAGAUCGGACGGGUGCCAUCUCGCUGACGGAUUGUAGAAAUGGGAGCCGUGGGAUCGAGGUUGGACUGGCUCUGCCACCGGAUCAAAUGGACGUCUUCCGUUCAGCUUUUGCUGUCUGA